UGACAAACGGAAACAGGGAGUUGGUCAAAACUUCCGGUUCUCCACAGAUACUGCGAUACCGCCAUCGAAAUGGUGGUGUAACCAAUCUGGGCAUCCUUUUAAUUUUAGGCUUAUACUGACAUAAGACGCAAUGAGUAACAACACCGCCCUUCAGAAAGCCAUCGACCUGGUCACGAAGGCCACCGAAGAGGACAAGAACAAGAACUACGCCGAGGCACUGCGCCUGUACGAGCACGCAGUCGAGUACUUUCUCCAUGCGAUCAGGUACGAAGCCCAGACGGACCGGGCCAAGGAAAGCAUCCGGUCGAAAUGCGUCCAGUACUUGGACCGGGCCGAGAAGCUCAAGGAAUACCUGCGCGGCAAGAGCAAGGAGAAGAAGCCCGUCAAGCAGGGCGAGAGCGACGGUAAGAAGGAUGGCGACAACAGUUCAGACAGCGACGACGAGAACCCAGAGAAGAAGAAGCUUAUGAACCAGCUCGAAGGCGCGAUCGUGAUGGAGAAGCCCAACAUCAAGUGGUCGGACGUGGCCGGCCUGCACGCCGCCAAGGAGGCCCUCAAGGAGGCCGUCAUCCUGCCCAUCAAGUUCCCGCACCUGUUCACGGGCAAGCGCAAGCCCUGGAAGGGUAUCCUGCUGUUCGGGCCCCCCGGUACGGGUAAGUCGUACCUGGCCAAGGCAGUGGCCACGGAGGCCAAUAACUCGACCUUCUUCUCCGUGUCGUCGUCGCAUCUGGUGUCUAAGUGGCUGGGCGAGAGCGAGAAGUUGGUGCGCAACCUGUUUGACAUGGCGCGCAACCAGAAGCCCAGCAUCAUCUUCAUCGACGAGAUCGACUCGCUGUGCAGCUCGCGGUCGGACAACGAGAACGACGCCACCCGGCGCAUCAAGACGGAGUUCCUGGUGCAGAUGCAGGGCGUGGGCAACGACACCGAAGGCAUCCUCGUCCUAGGGGCCACCAACAUCCCCUGGGUGCUCGACUCGGCAAUCCGGAGGCGCUUCGAGAAGCGCAUCUACAUUCCGCUGCCCGACGAGGCUGCGCGGUUGCACAUGUUCAAGCUGCACAUUGGCAACACGCCGCACACGAUGGAGGAGAAGGACUUCAAGGAGCUGGCCAAGCGCAGCGAAGGCUUCAGCGGUGCCGACAUCUCGGUGCUGGUGCGGGACGCCCUGAUGCAACCCGUGCGCAAGGUGCAGACGGCGACUCACUUCCGGCGGGUGCGGGGCCCCUCCCGUAGCGACCCCAGCGUCAUGGUGGACGACCUGCUCACGCCGUGCUCCCCGGGCAGCCCCGGCGCCAUCGAGAUGUCCUGGAUGGAUGUGCCGGGAGACAAGCUGCUCGAGCCGGUGGUCACCCACAGCGACAUGCUGCUGUCCCUGGCCACGGCCAAGCCCACCGUCAACGACGCUGACUUGGACAAGCUGCGGAAAUUCAUGGACGACUUCGGCCAGGAAGGCUAGCUGGGCGGGUCUUUGCAAUCAGACGGGGCGAGGGUGUUCAAGACCGACGCUUUGAGCCGUCCUUGCUGUAUUUGGCGGCACGCUGGAAGCACCACUCGGUUUUUGUGCCUGGAGUGCGAGUGCUUGGCGAGACACACGCGGCUUUGCAUCGACGUAGGAAUGGCUUUAGCGGAGGUUGAGUUUCGAAUCGAGAGAAUGCCACUUCCUUUAUUUGAAAUGGGCUCUGCACCUGGGCGGUAAAGGCGGGGCGCCGCAUUCCCUGCCGAUUCUGUUCGGUUCAUGUUCUACCGCAGAAGUGUUACACUCCCUUCCAUUAUAUUUUUUUUUUUUUUUUAAUGAGGCUUAUCUUUAGCAAUGUUAGCAAGCAAAUGCGCAUCUAAUAAAAGAUGGAGCGAGGGUUGGUUUCUCUGGUAUGUCGCCAAACAUUUCCACGUUGCAGAGCAACUCGGUACUUUGGCUGGCAAUAUUAUGUGGAAGCUUUCUGGCAAUUUUUGUUCUGUAAAUUUCAGGACAACUUAGUUUGCGUUGAUGUGGUUACAAUGUCUGCAGCGUAGGCAGAUCCUAGGAAAAUGCUUUACGUGAUUUUUAGAAACGGUCGCUGGUCUUAGCUUUCUUAAUGAACGAUAAAAUUGCCUACUAUAUAUAAUUGCAAAACUCGGGUAUGCGAACGUGCUCACCUUGCUAACAAGUUAGCAAACCCCAUGCUCCAAAAUUCAAGGGCUUGUUGUCUAUGUUAGAGCCUUCGAAGUAAGCCUUGUGCAGAAUGCCCGUACAAAGAGUUUGUUCUCGAUGACCGUCGUUAUGUUCAGUGCAGGACUUUGGGCACCUUCUUGAGCAGUGUGUACCAUGUGUGCUAACAUAUUUCGGAGCUCUUCUAAACCGUACACAUCUAAAACAUAGAUUAUAUCUAUUUCUUAGGUUGGCGGUAUUGAGCAAAAUCGGAUAAGAGCUUGAAGGAAUGUUUCACUCCCAUUCUCUUCUGUGCUUUGUGAAUAAAGAUGAUAUGUAUCAUACUAUCCAAAGUUA